GUCAUAGUUUGGGUAGAAAUAUAAUCGCACGUCUCAGUGAACAAACUAAAUUGUGAGGUAUUAUUCGCGUAAAUGGCAUCGGUAAACAGGUUACGUAGAGAGAGCGGAGUUAAACAUUGAUGCAGUUAUCCAGUUACAACCCAUCUGGGCUACAACUAAGGGGUACAUGUUGAUUGCCAAAGCCCUGGUCCAACCUCCCCCCACUCCCCGCCCCUCCACUUCAAGGUCCUGUCCCACUCCUCAAAUCUACGUCCCAUUGUCCACAGGACAGUCUGCAUGGAGGGAAGGGAUGACCAGAUCUGAGAAAUCACUGCGAUCUGUCCAAAAAAUACUUCUAAACAAAUCACUCCAUCGCAAAAAAACUCUGUCAUACAUGUAUAUGUUUUGGAAAGUUUUUGUUGCUACUAAAAGCUACUGAAGUUACUGAUAUGACACCGGCGAAAACUGGCAGUUUCAACGAUAAGCUUGUACCUCGAAGUUUCCAUGGCAACGACGGUGACUUCCCUAACACUCGCACUUGAGCGGUCACGAUCGACUUUUGAAGCUAGAGAUAAAAACAGAAAUGACUUAGCAGAGCGAAGAAAAUAUGUCCACAACUGCACAUUGUGUCUCUGGCUACGGCCAAGGUACAGACACGUCCGCUGUGCUCACUAAUCGUUCAAAGUACAUCACGAUUAUCGCGGAUGAACCAUAUUUCUCGCGUCAUUCGAGAACAUUUCCGCCAGCCCGACAGAGGAAGGGAACAAGACCUAUGCACAAAACAACCCUUACAUAUGAAGUUAAACCAGUUCAAACUACAUAUGUCAGCUGUAUGAAGGCGAAUUUCUCUGGACAUAAGAAUUUACAACCCAGUAGAAGACCGCCAGCUUACCCAUCUCAACACACAUCACACUUCAGCAUUGGAAUUCUACCAGGACAUCAACUUAACACACACUCUAAGAAGACAUAUGUAAACCACAACACAAGACCAGCUGAAGAAAUUCACGAAGAUAACAUCAGAUGGAACGCUCAGAUGGCGGGAGUUGAUAUGGUCCAAUCAACGAGACAACAGGGCUCACAGGAGAUGAACUUUUCAACAACAUACUACAAGGUUCAUGAUCUUCUUGGAAGGCAACGAGGUCCAGGAGUUAAGAGACUUCCACCAAUGCCUUACUCUUACAAUAUCAUCACAGGUGAACCUCGUCCCAGUCAGGUGGGCGAUGAUUACAGGCUCACGUCAGGAAACAGAGUUUUACACAGUGCUCGUCACAGUGAUCAGGGACAGCAACUUAUUCUUGGAUAGCUGUCAUGUCUACUUAAGGAAAUGAUGAAAAUUAUGAUGCAAUAGCAAGUGAUGGACAAUUCUCACUCCAAAAUUGUAAAAUCUGCAAAGUUUCAAAAAUCCUAGGUGUUCCAUGUUAUUUCCCUUUCAAUUUCUCCAUGAAAUGAAAAGCUAGUGUGAAUAUUGUGUGGUUCCUCAGGGGGAAUAUCAAAAUGAAUUUUGUUUUUAAUAUUUUUGUUUUUGGUCACAAGUAAAUAUAUAUUCUCUAAAUGCAAAGAAGUUAUUGCCAGAGAGUAAAACUCAAAUGCAAUAAUCUGUUGGGGGCAUUAUUAAAAUUUUCUUGUACAUAUUAACAUGAAUAAAAUUCUGGAUUUUGUUA